AUGGACCAGAAGAAGGAGCAGUUUAAACUGGAGUCUGGAGGCUGGAGAUGGGCCUCUGUGAGCAGGAUGUGGGCGAGGCGUGGGGACGCAGCUGGGCUGCUGGAUGACGUGAGGGAUACGGAGUGCCAAGGCAUGAGGCCAGCUGCUUGUAAUGAGACGCUGAGUCCCUGCUCACCUCUCAGCAAGCAGGAAGAGUCUGACAUCACUCAGCUGAAGGAAUCGACAUACUUGGUUGUGAGCAGCGUUUGCUUCCUCGGCUUUAAAGUGUCGAGAAUAAUUGGGAAUCAGAAGUCAGAAAACACUGAAGGAACUCAGACUUUUCGGUCUCAGAAACACAGGAAAUGUGGCUACAUGAACAUGUCAUCGUACCCCGGCGGGGGCAUGUGGUCCGGAUCCGGCCUGAAAGAAUAG